UUCAUUUAUAAAAUCCACGAUACGAUAUCCCUACUACUACCACUAGAAAUCCUACAGUAUCAACAACAUCACUAUUACUACAGCAAUUCCUUUUCCUGCCACCUUGAGAACAGGUUGACGGCGCUCCAUUGUAUUAAGUAAAAUACACGUUUAAGUGUUCCGUUUUUCCAAUAGACUGCCAAGUGAAAUAAUUAAUCGAACAAAACAACUCAUCGCAAUGAAAACUUCCCGUUUCUAUUGUCAGUGUUUAUUAUUUUAUUUCUUUUGCGGUUUUCUUGGAACAACCUUCGGUUUUAUUCAAGAAAUAACUAUUAACGGUUCACAUCACAAUAAAGUUGUAAUUUGUCACGUUGAAAUAUGGAGUGUUUAUCGUAGGGAUGCUGGCGCAUUUAGUAUUGAAGAAAUCGAUCCAAGUUUAUGUACUCAUCUUGUAUUUGGAUAUACUCAUCUUAAUGAAACAACGGAUGAAAUAAUUAUUUUUGAAUCUUGGAGUAAAUUGUUAGGAAGGAAAUCGCACGAAAAUAUUUCAAAAUUAAAAGCAAAGAAACCCGAUCUAAAAGUAUUAGUGUCUUUGGGUGGUUGGCUUGAUGGUUCAAUCAAAUAUUCUCGACUGGCUGCCAAUCCAAAACGAGUUCAACGAUUUGUUAAUAAUACCUUGGAUUUCAUAGAAGAAAACAGUUUGGAUGGUAUGCAUUUAGUUUGGCAAUAUCCAGGAAAACGUGGGGGAUUAACUACAGAUAAAGAAAAUUAUAUCCAAUUACUGAAAGAACUUAAAUUUGCAUUCAAAGAAUUCAACUAUACUUUAACAGCUUGCGUUGGAAGCAGCAAAGAUACAAUUGAUUAUGGGUACGAUAUUCCAAAAUUAUCUGAAAUUCUAGAUUAUCUGUUAGUCUACAAUUAUGAUUAUCACGGAUGGUGGAGUCGAAUGACCGGUGCUAAUUCUGGGUUAACUGGACCGGAUUUUCUUAAUACGGAAUACAGCAUAAAUUAUCUUUUAAAAUUAGGCGCCAAUCCCCACAAAUUACUUUUGGGGAUUCCACUUUUCGGAAGAAGUUAUAUUCUAAAUGACACCAAAUCAUUCAACGAAAACCAACCAAAAUUUGGACAACAAUUCGUUGGCCACGGAUUCGAAGGACCUUACACUAAAGAAGAAGGAUUAUUAACUUAUCACGAAAUAUGUUUAUUAUUUAAAAAUUCAUCACAAAAUUGGACGAUUUUUUGGGACGACGAAAGUAAUACUCCGAUAGCUGUUGAUGAAGACCGUAUGAUUUCGUUUGAUAAUGAACAAGCAAUCAUAUUAAAGGUUCAAUUCGCUUUGAAUCACGGAUUGGGUGGGUUUUCAGCAUACGCAGUCGAUAACGAUGAUUUUCGCGGAGAUUGCGGCAUAAAAUAUCCACUACUAGGAACAAUUGAACGGGAACUAUCCACUUAUCGAUACAAAAUCGAUAACGACAUCGAUAAUAAUUUAUCUACCGGUGAAAUUCGAAGUGGUUCUAUCAAUUACAAAUCCAGUUUGUUAAUGUUAUUAAGUGUUUUAUUUGCGGCUGAGAAUUUCUCUUUUGUGAUAUUUUAAACAAAAAGUUAUAAGUUUAUGAAGAAGUAAGAAUUCUGAGAAAGACCAUUUGACCUUAACAUUACCACU